AUGAGCAAUGUCGUAGAUGAUCAUGAAUUCCAGAAUGAGGAGUCUAAUUGUGAAUCUAGCAUGGAUGCCGACAAAGUUGCAGCUACAGAUUUAGAUGAUGAUGGAAGGCCCAGAAGAACUGGGACGGUGUGGACGGCAAGCGCGCACAUAAUAACAACGGUGAUAGGGUCAGGGGUGCUGUCAUUGGCGUGGGGAGUGGCGCAGCUGGGAUGGGCAGCUGGAGUUUUCACCAUCCUCGUCUUCGCCUGCAUCACUUUCUACACUUCCAGUCUCCUUGCUGAUUGCUACAGGUCCCCCCAACCCCUGUCUGGUUCACGGAACUACACUUAUAUGCAGACUGUCAACUCCUACCUAGGUGGAGCGAUGUCCUUCGCUUGUGGAUCAGUUCAAUAUGCCAACCUCACUGGGAUGAUAAUUGGUUACACUAUCACUGCAUCCCUCAGCAUGGUGGCCAUAAGGAAAUCGAAUUGCCACUACAAGAGAGGGCGGGAGGCAGAAUGCAGGUACUCCGGCAAUCCGUAUAUAAUAGGGUUGGGUGUUUUUGAAAUUUUCCUGUCUCAGAUCCCAAACUUUCACAAGCUGGCAUGGCUCUCCGCCAUUGCCGCCCUCAUGUCUUUUGGAUAUGCCUCUAUUGGCACCGGACUUACCAUUGCAAAACUCAUCUCAGGGCAAGGAAAGAGGACGUCCCUAAAAGGAUCAGAAGUAGGAGCGAACUUAUCUGCAGCUCAGAAAACUUGGAGCAUGUUCAGAGCAUUCGGAGACAUUGCAUUUGCUUUCACUUAUUCCCAAAUUCUUAUCGAAAUCCAAGACACACUAAAAUCCUCACCGCCGGAAAACAAAGUGAUGAAGAAGGCUAACCUGAUCGGGGUGUUAACGACGACGACAUUCUAUGUGAUGUGCGGUUGCUUCGGGUAUGCUGCAUUUGGGAGCAACGCGCCAGAGAACAUGCUCACCGGGUUUGGAUUCGACGAGCCCUUCUGGCUGAUCGACUUGGCUAACGUUUUCAUUGUGGUGCACCUAGCUGGAGCAUACCAGGUAAAUGCGCAACCAGUAUUUAGCGCGUUCGAGUCGUGGGCUAGCACAAGGUGGCAUAAGUCGAAGUUUGUAAAAUAUGAGUAUCCAAUAAGCAUUGGUAAGAUCAACUUGAGGAUCAGCUUGUUAAGGCUAACCUGGAGAAGUGCAUUUGUUGCGACGGUGACAAUGGUGGCUAUGGCGCUGCCCUUCUUCAACGAAAUCAUCGCACUCCUCGGGGCGAUCGGGUACUGGCCAAUGACGGUGUACUUCCCUGUGGAGAUGUGCAUUGCGCAAAAGCAAAUCAAGCGGCGAACAUUCCGGUGGGUCGGGUUGCAGGUGCUCAACUUGGCAUGCUUGCUCCUGGCCGUGGCUGCUGCCUGUGGUUCAAUCCAGGGCCUCAAUGAGGCCUUCCAUACCUACAAACCCUUCAAGUCUAAGGAAUAA